CCGAGUACUUCGGGUGUGUGUCAGUCGGUUGAGAAGUCGGCGCCGUUGUAUGCGUAUGACUGCGGGUUGAGAGAUAAUACAGUGAGAAUUUGCUGAAGCAAGGGUGGUGCUGUAUAGUCGGAUUGAAAUUACUGCAGCCCAUGUGCUCUGCUUGUUAAGAUGCUCAUCAAGGAAUUUCGCGUCACUUUGCCUCUUACAGUGCAGGAGUAUCAAGUGGCUCAGCUUUACUCUGUAGCAGAAGCAAGCAAAAAUAAUACAGGAGGUGGAGAAGGCAUAGAGGUACUGAAAAAUGAGCCGUUCACAGAUUAUCCUCUAUUAGGAGGAAAAUAUUCUUCAGGUCAAUAUACGUACAAGAUCUAUCAUUUAGCUAGUAAAGUGCCAGGUUUUAUUCGUAUUAUGCUGCCAAAGAACUCAUUGGAAAUUCACGAAGAAGCUUGGAAUGCAUACCCUUAUUGCAAAACUGUUAUAACUAAUCCUGGAUACAUGAAAGAAAACUUUGUAAUCAUGAUUGAAUCCUUUCACAUUGAUGAUGUUGGGAACCAACAUAAUGUUCACGAAUUACCUCCUGAUAAAUUAAAGAUGAGAGAUGUGGUCCAUAUAGACAUAGCCAAUGAUCCAAUUGCAAGUGCCGAUUACAAAGAGGAUGAAGAUCCGAGUAAAUUUAAAUCUGUGAAAACAGGUAGGGGACCUCUUGUUGGGAAAGAUUGGAAACAUAACGUUCAACCUGUGAUGACAUGCUAUAAGCUUGUCACUUGCGAAUUUAAAUGGUUUGGCCUACAAAGUCGUGUUGAGAGCUUCAUUCAAAAAGCGGAAAGACGUCUGUUUACUAAUUUUCAUAGGCAAGUGUUUUGUUGGAUAGACCGUUGGUACGGUCUAACUAUGGAAGAUAUUAGAGCAAUUGAGGAGAGUACAAAAGAAGAAUUAGAUAGGCAAAGACAUGAAGGAGAAGUAAGGGGUAUGCGAGCCGACGAUUGAAGCUUUGACAGCCUCUACUAUGAAUAAUUAAAUCAAUUUCCUUAUAUGUCUCGGAUACAUGCGCAUACCUAUGAAAAUACAUUCAUAUAUGUUCUGUCACAGACGAUCCUGCAGGAUCGGGACAAUUUCCAGAAUUUACGUGUUUAGAUUCAGUGUCUAUUGAAACUACUUAUGAUUUUAAUUUAUUUAAAUUUUCAAGCGUUUUAGAUAAAUGUACCUAAAGUCAAAGAAUAUAAUAUAGCCAAUAAUGAGAAAGAGAACUAAUAUAAAUCGGUUCAAUCUAUAUAUAAUGUGUAAAAUAUUCAGGCAAAGAGAACUGUUGGUUAAAAAAAAGUAAUAUAGGUGAAAAAAGAUACAUUAAUUAUAUUAUCUAACAUUGUAGUAGUUGGAUACUGAAAAGAAUAGACAAGCAACUGAAGCUAUUGUUUACAGAACACAAACAAAAAUACUUGACACACAGAUGAGUUACCGACUCGUUCAUAGUUUAAUAGGAACGCAAUUCAUGGUUUAUGUCUUAGAUCUAUCGCGUUAAGGUUGAAGAAAACGGAGUAUUGUCACGUUCGAUGUAAUUUCUGUUCGUCUAACGAAUUUA